AGCGUCCGUAUCCGUAUGACGUGUUUUGCAGAUCAACCGGCAGGAGGCGGCAGAGGCUCUGAGCGGCGUCUGAUCCGCCGGUUUAACCGGAAAGGGAAGAAGAAGAAGAAUAAGAGCAGGAAACGUCAGCAAACAGAGAUGGCUACGGGGGUGGACCAAGCUGUUGGCCUGAGUCUUGUUGUCUUCAGCCUCCUGCUGUUCACGUACUACUCGGUCUGGGUCAUCGUCCUGCCUUUCGUGGACAACGAUCACCUCCUGCACAAGUACUUUCUUCCUCGAGAGUACUCGGUCAUUCUGCCUGGCGUCGCAGCAGUAAUACUGCUCCUCUGUAUCGGGGCCUUCACUGCAGUUAUCAUGUGGAAGAACCGUAAGCCAAAGAAAGUGGACUAAUGUCAGGACGGAGGGACGGCUGUCGAUUUAUGGAUGUGAAAAUAGCCGCGAUGCUAAACCCUCUCAGCUGAUGUUAAGCCUUAGAAAAUUGUAUUCGUUGACAUUCAUUUUGUAUUUUGUAUCUAUUCUGGGAUCAGUUUAAGUUAAGAAGAUGUGUUUAAUUUGAAAGACAUUUGUGCCCCCAAGUUGUAGUGUAGAAAAAGAAAACCUAUGACAAAAUAAAAAAAUGGCUGCUAUUCAAUCAGUUGAUAUGUUCUCUCCUCUAGUGAGCAGUAGAAAGUGUGACAACAAUAAUCCUAAAGCCAAGCAGUGAUAUCCGUGUCAUAUUUAUACACCUGAAGGUUUCAUUGGGAUGCAGGAGAUAAUCCAUCACCCUCUGAUUACUGCAAAGAACAGAACUCCCAUGUCACAGUCAAACACGUGACAUCCUGCAGGCUUCACUAGUCUAAUGAAACUCUUCAAUUCAUUUUAUUUUAUAUAGCCCAAAAUUACAAAUUUGCCUCAGGGGGCUUUGCAGUCUGUAUAUAUGCCCCCCCCAAGAAAUGGGAAAGAAACCUCAGGGAGAAGGUCAGAGGAGGACCCCUCUCCCGGGAUGCCAUGUGUGCAGAAUGAACACACUUGGAGGGCUUCAGCAGUGCUUCAAGGUACCCACAAUGCAUCGCUCUCUGAAGGAGCCGGCGUUACGCCACUACUCCCUCACUUCUAAGAGAGAAUCUGAUGAUAUGAUUAUGUAAAUAUCAAGUCCUCUAAUAUUAUGCUCCAUAUUUGUAAUUGGGCCGAUACGUUCGUCAACAGUGACGUGGCAGAUUUGAAGGGAGGUGAAAUAUCUUUCACUGUGGGGGAAACUUCACUGAAAGCGGCAAGAGUCCGAAAUCUUUAAAUAUUAAUGAUGUGUCCGUUUUUUGUUUUGUCAAUGUUGAUUGUAAAUAGUUUUGGAGGAAAACCAGCUUUUUGUACAGCAGUAUGACUGGUAAUAGGGGCAAUGGGUAAAACGAUGAUGAGAAAUAUGUUUUUUUUUAAAUAAAUUCUAUUUUCUGCACUGCA